UGGAACUUGCUUUCCAGAGAGCAAGGGAUGAAUGGGCUCGUUUACAGGACAAGCUGAAUUUUGAUCUAUCUAACUUAAAAGAUACCAAUGAGAUGCUUUCCCAACAGCUUUCUCAAGCUGAAUGAAAAUUCAGUAGCUUAGAAGUUGAGCUCCAUCAUACAAGAGAUGCUCUUUGAGAAAAGAUUUCAGCCUUAGAACAGGCACAGAGAGAGCAAAACCAAGCACUGUGUCAAAUGAAGGAAAUUAAACGCAUGCACCAGAAUGAACAAAUCAAAGUGAAUACAUGCAUGCAAAGGCAGGAAUCUCUAGAAGAGAGAUUAUCUCAACUUCAACAUGAAGAUGCGUUGCUUCGAAAACACUUGGAUGAUGCUCACAAGAAAGUGGACGAUAAAGAAAAGCCAGCAAUUAUUAUCCAAGACCAGUUUCAAGAGGAGCUUAAAAAACAAUAUUCCAUGCUGGAAGACAAAAAUAAUGAGUUAAUCAAAGAAAAUAAUCAUUUAAAGGAAAGACUAUGUCAGUGUGAAACGGAGAAAGCAGAAAAUGUAGUUGUGAGAUACCUUCAACAAGGACUGGCUGACACCCUAAAAAAGCAGUCUGUGUCAGAGGCUUCCCUGGAAAAUUCAUCACAUUAUCACAUGAAGUUAGAAGAUGAGAAUUGGGAUUUAAAGAAGAAAUUAAGUCAAAUCAGAAAACAAUUGGAAGAUCAACAGAAUGCACACAUAGAAGUGCUGUGGCAUGCUAAGAAGAUGCAAGAACAUAUACAAAAGCUUGAACUUGAAAAUUCCAGGCUAAAGUGUAAAGUAAAUACGCAACCAGGGAAAACUGAACAGCUUCAGAAGAACCCAUUAAGGGCAAAUUUGUCUGAAGGUGAUAAAGAACAAUUAAAUACACUUACUGAGUCAAUAGAAUAUCUGGAAUAUACUUUGAAGAAAAAUGAGGAAUUGCAAAAUGAGCUAACUAGAUUGAAACAAGUGCCUACUACAUGGAGGUCUUCAAGUAGUUGUUCUCUUUCCUCAGCCUCCCUGGUCUCUGGAAUUACAGUUCCUAUCAUUGGAAUCCAUGGUGCCUGUCUUGUGAGUGGGCCUGCUUUUCGCAGUGCAGCUCAAGUGCAGCCAAGUUUCUGUACAUUAGAUCUUUCCUUCACACCACCAAAAAGCCAGAGAUUUGAUACCAACAAAACCCAUGAGCCAGAUAAAUACAGUCUUUUACAAGGGCCAAAAGCAGAGAAGAAAAAUUUGAAAAACUUACUUUGUGGCCGGGAAGGAACCACAUUAGGAGGUGUGGACAAAGGAAGUGUGGUGGCUGAAGAGAUGACCACAAUUAAACUCUUAGCUGUGAGCCCCUUAAAAAACAAAUGA